AUGCCCCCCAAAACAAAGUUACCCCCAAAUUUUGACCGCUAUGACGGGACAAGAGACCCUGAAGAUCAUCUUCAUGCCUUCAGGGGAGCAGGGAAACUUGGGCGAUGGUCUAUGCCUGUAUGGUGUCACAUGUUUGUACAAACUCUGACGGAGGGAGCCCGGCUUUGGUUUGACAGCCUCCCUCCGGAGGGAAUCGAUAGUUAUGAAAAGUUAAGCGAGAAGUUCCUCAGGAACUUUGGCCAGCAAAGAAAAGUGGUCAAGAAUCCAAAUGAGAUCCUCCACAUAAGGCAGAGGGACAGUGAGCGUAUAGAUCAGUAUAUGGAGAGGUUCAUCAAGGAGAGCAUGAACAUCAAUGAUGUUCCGGAGGUCAUGAAGAUCAGCAGUUUCAUAAAUGGGCUAAAGCAUGCAUAG